GUUUCACCUGCAGAGAGCAGUGAACAUCGGGCAAGUGGGGAUGUGAGGAACGUGCCUAUGGUUUCGUGUGUUGUUUUAGCAAGCGUGCAUGUUUACUUUUAUGUAUUUGAAACCUUACACAAAUUAUUCCGGUAGAGAGUUAUGGAAUUUUGUGACCUUUAUCUUUUUAACAUACAAACUGACGGAUUUGUCGUGGACAUUAUGUUGCAAACGUUUUUGCCAAUGUUCAGAGCAUGACAUCCACUGAAGAGAAAGUUUUGUGAGACUUGAUUGAAUUUGGCAAGAACUUCAAGCGAAGAAAAUGAAAAUUAAUUUUGAUUAUAAACAUUUACUGCCUUUCAGGAUAUCUUGGACGACUGGCUGCUGGCUGUUUCUUUUAUCACAGCUGUGCGGCGGAGAGGACAUCGUGAUCAAGAUCCCGCGGAACGGCAACCUGAGCCAGGAGGGCAGCCUGUACCGCCUGGACUACACGCCGAGGCGCGGCCACCCGGCGCCCAACACCACCUUCGACGCGCGCGACAUCUCCGACGAGAGGAUCCAGUUCUCGCAGGGGCUGCCCGGCACGCGCUACCAGUUCUGGCUCUACUACUCCAACUCCAGCCUCAGCAGCUGGCUGCUCACGUGGACGGCCGCCAUCACCACCGCUCCUGAUCCCCCGUCCAACUUAUCUGUGACCGUCCGAAGUGGCAAGACCGCUCAGGUGUCAUGGAGCCCGCCAGCUUUAGGUUCAUACUCAAACUUCAGUUUGAAGGUGCUGAGUUUGCUGGAGCCGAAUGCCAACGCCACGGUCGUGUCUCUGGACCGCAACACCUUCCACUACGUGCUGCAGAACCUCACGCCAGGGGCCCCCUACCAGGUGCAACUGUUCACCGUCUACGACAGCAAGGAGAGCGUGGCGUACAUCUCGCGCAACUUCACCACGAAACCCAACACCCCUGGGAAGUUCAUUGUGUGGUUUCGCAAUGAAACCACCCUCCUAGUGCUGUGGCAACCUCCGUACCCCACAGGGGUGUACUCGCUGUACAAGGUUUCCAUCGACCCGCCGGACGCCCUGGAAAGUGCGUUGUUUGUGGAGAAAGAGGGAGAGCCGCCGGGGCCUGCUCAGGCAGCCUUCAAAGGACUCGUUCCAGGACGUGCAUACAACAUCUCGGUGCAGACUGUCAGCGAGGACGAGGUGUCCGCCCCCACGACGGCCCAGUACCGCACCGUGCCGUUACGUCCUCGCAACGUCACGUUCGACAAGCAGUCGAUAACACCGCACUCCGUGCUGGCCCGCUGGGAGCCGCCUGACGGGACCAGUGAAUUCGACAAGUACCAGCUGCUGCUGAGCACCCGCAGGGCCACUCCGGUGACCUUGAACCGCGAGGAGCCCACCGUGUACGAGUUCAAGGACAACCUGGAGCCCGGCCGCACCUACCAGCUCGUGGUGAAGACGGUGUCGGGCAAAGUCGGCAGUUGGCCCGCCACGGGGAACGUCACCCUCAAACCUCUUCCAGUGUACGACCUUCGUGCAAAAACUAAUGAAAACACAGGAAUGAUAACAAUAUCGUGGAAGCCAAAUGUCACUAGCCUUCAGGAUAGCUACAAGAUAUUUUACCACGAGGUCCAGACCUCGAGUGACGACAACGGGGACAGCAACGUGAUCUUCGUGCACGAGACCCACAAGACGCUGGAGCUGCUCCUGCCCGGCCGGAACUACUCCAUUUCCGUGCAGGCCGUCAGCAACGGCAUGGAAGGCGGCGAGACCACCAUCUACCAGGCCCUGCGUCCUCUCUCGCCGAUCAUCCAAGACGUGAAGCAGCUUGUCCGUGGCUUGAACAUCACGUGGAGGUCGGACGUCCAGUCUCGGCAGGAGAAGUUCAAAGUGGUGUACAAUCGGAACGACACCGCCAACGAGAGCGCGGACGUGUUCACGAAGGAGUCGUACCUGGAGGUGCAGAACCUCUUCCCGGGCGCCGGCUACGACGUGAAGGUGUUCGCCAUCAGCCACGACCUCCUCAGCGAGCCGCACUUCGCCUCGCAAGUCGUGUAUCCAAACCCACCUCGCAACCUCACCAUCGAGAAAACAACAAGUAUAUCAGUGCUUGUGAAAUGGGAAACCCCUCUGCAGUCUUUACUAACGGAGUAUUCAAUCAGGUACCGCACGGAAGAGGACCCGGUGUGGAUGAAGCUGCCCUCGGUGAAGGGCCAGGAGGCAGAGGUGACUGACUUGACUCCCGGAGAGCGGUACCUCAUCCAGGUGAACACGGUCAGCUACGGCACGGAGAGCGCCCGUCCGCAGCAAGUCAACCAAACCAUACGGCCGAACCCGGUGUCGAACAUCGUGCCGCUGGUGGACUCGACCAACGUGACCCUGGAGUGGCCCCGCCCGGAGGGCCGCAUCGAGCGCUACACGGUGCGGUGGGUGCUGGAGGGGCGCGACGACAGCCCCCAGGAGAAGAGCGUGCCGGAGGCCAACGCGAGCGGCGCGGGGGCCGAGGGCCAGCCCGUGCGGCUGCUCAUCGGGGACCUCAUGCCGGGCGUCAAGUACCUGCUCGAGAUGCACGCCUCGUCGUACGGCCUCGACAGCGACGUCACCUCGCUCGCCGCCCGCACCAGACCCCUGAUCCAGUCCGACGUGACGAUCGUGACGAGCCAGCAGGAGACGGGCACCCUGACCCUGAGGUACACCCGCACCCCGCAGACGUCGUCGAGGUUCGACACGUACCGCUUCAGCCUGUCUGACCCGGGGGUGCCCGUCCUGGAGCGGCCCGCCGGCGACCCGGACCGCAAGGUCACCUUCGCGGGCCUCGUCCCGGGCCGGCUCUACAACAUCACGGUGUGGACCGUGUCGGAGGGCGUGCCGAGCCAGCCGCUGCAGCGGCAGGAGCGACUGUAUCCAGAACCGAUAUCAGGGAUAAAUGCAACACACAUUACAGACACAGAGAUAACUCUCCGAUGGGACAGACCGAAAGGAGAAGUCACAGCUUUUGAGGUCCAGUACCUGAACGCGGAGGGCAUGCUGAUACAGAACCUGACCCUCCACAACUCCAUGGCCAUGGGCGACCUGAAGGCCCACCGCAACUACACCUUCACCGUGGUGGUCCGCUCCGGCACCGAGUCGUCCAUCCUGAGGCGCUCGCUGCCCGUGUCGGCCGUCUUCACCACUCAGGAGUCCGUCCCGGGCAAGGUUGAGAAAUUCAGGCCAAUUGACAUUCAGCCCAGUUCCAUCAUUUUCGAGUGGUCUUUGCCAAGCAACGAGCAGAAUGGCAUCAUUCAGAAUUUCAGGAUCACUUAUGGAUUAGAAAAUUCUGCUUAUACAUCUUUUGAAGAUUUCAGACCAGAUGAAUUCCAAGGAACUAUAAAGAAACUUAUUCCAGGAAGGACAUAUGUGUUCAGGAUCCAAGCACAGACUCGUAUCGGAUUCGGGCCUGAAGCGACAUGGACUCAGAAAAUGCCAAUUUUGGCACCACCCAAGCCUGGUAGUCAUUUGUACCCAAUUGACGUGCAUAAGACCACAACCACCAUUGAGAUUCGUUACGGCAAGAACUUCUUUUCUCAAGAAAAUGGAGAAGUGAAAAUGUACACCAUCAUCGUAGCCGAGGACGACAGCAAGAAUGCUUCCGGCUUGGAGAUGCCCAGUUGGAGGGAUGUCCAGGCAUACAGUGUGUGGCCUCCUUAUCAGGUUGUCGACCCGUACCACUACCACCCGUUCAAGAACUCCAACUCGGAGUACUUCACCGUGGGCGGGGAGAACUGCGAGGGGAGAGGCCCCGGCUACUGCAACGGCCCCCUGAAGCCGGGCACCACGUACAGGAUCAAAGUGCGAGCCUUCACCGCCCCGGACAAGUUCACCGACACGUACUACUCGUUCCCCAUCCAGACCGAUGCAGAUAAUACUUCUUUGAUACUAGGGACGACGAUCCCAAUUUUUCUCAUUGCACUGCUAUCUGCCAUCGUCAUAAUGAUCAGAAUGCGUCGCAAUAGAAAAAAUGCAAUGGAUUCACGCAUCAAUGACAACCUCUCCAUUCCAGACAGCAUCAUCGAUACCAGCCGACCAGUUCGAUUGGAGAACUUCGCGGAGCACUACCGCAUCAUGUCGGCGGACUCGGACUUCAGGUUCUCGGAAGAGUUUGAGGAGCUGAAGCACGUGGGCAGGGAUCAGCCGUGCACCGCGGCCGACCUGCCCUGCAACCGGCCCAAGAACCGCUUCACCAACAUCCUGCCGUACGAUCACUCCCGCGUGAAGCUGCAACCCGUCGACGACGAGGAAGGUUCCGACUACAUCAAUGCCAACUACGUGCCGGGCCACAACUCCCCGCGGGAGUUCAUCGUGACCCAGGGGCCGCUGCACUCGACCCGGGACGACUUCUGGCGCAUGUGCUGGGAGAGCAACUCCCGCGCGAUCGUGAUGCUGACGCGCUGCAUCGAGAAGGGCCGCGAGAAAUGCGACCACUACUGGCCGUACGACACGCAGCCCGUCUACUACGGCGACAUCUGCGUCACGCUGCUCAACGAGAGCCACUACCCCGACUGGUGCAUCGCCGAGUUCAUGAUGUGCCGGGGAGAUGUGUCUCGAGUGAUGCGUCAUUUCCACUUCACGACAUGGCCGGACUUCGGAGUCCCGAGUCCGCCUCAGACGCUCGUCCGAUUCGUGCGAGCGUUCCGGGAACGAGUGGGACCGGAGCAGAGACCAAUCGUGGUUCACUGCAGCGCGGGCGUGGGCCGCUCGGGCACCUUCAUCGCGCUGGACCGCAUCCUGCAGCAGAUCAACGUGUCGGACCACGUGGACAUCUUCGGCAUCGUGCACGGCAUGCGCAAGGAGCGCGUGUGGAUGGUGCAGACGGAGCAGCAGUACAUCUGCAUCCACCAGUGCCUGCUGGCCGUGCUCGAGGGCAACGAGAACCAGGGGGCGCAGCGCGAGAUACACGACAACCAGGGCUUCGAAGGCAAGAGCUCGGGGCUGGAUGUGCCCGCGAGUGCAGACCAUGCCGAGAGGAACAGAUGAUGAAGGUAUUGCUGAAUCUGGGCUGUGAAAUCGAAGGCUACCGAGUUUACCUGAUGGAUGUGGCAACUCGACACAAGUCAUUGAAUGUUCUCCUGCAGUAUUAAGACUUGCGCUCGACUGCUCUCUCACGGCAGCUGAAGAAUUUUAUCUCUUAGGAAUAUUUUUUUUUAACUUUUGAUAUGAACCGUGUAUUUUUCAAGACAUGAUGCAAGACUGUACAUUUUUGAGAGAAAGCAGUUGAGCAGAUUAUUUUUCACAUGAUGUGUGACACAAUUUUUAUAGAUAUUUAUUUACCUUUGAAUGGAUACCUAACUUCCAAACAUGCUUGCCAUAACAAUGAUCAAUUGACAAUAAGGUUACGGGGAACAUAAAACUAACUGGGAAUUCUUCCUUAAGGGUUUUUUUUUUUUUUUUCGUAUCAUGCAAUUGUUGAAGUUAACAAAACAAAAGUAUUUUUUUUAAUAUACAUACGUGCAUUUUCUGUAUUGGAAUCUCAUUUAAUUUUUAUCUUCCUCUAAGGUUGUAUAAUUCAAGUGCCAAUUUAUAUAUUAACAUAUCAAAUAUAAAUGUACGAAAUUGAAUUGCAUCAUCCUGAAAUGAUAAAAUACUGUGAAGUUGUGGAAUUAUAUAUCAAUGUAUGUGGCAUUUUUAAGAGAACAGAAUCUCAAAAAAAAGAUUUUUUUUUUUGCAUAAGAUAUGGAACAAAUAUGUAUGAAGGUAUUGUUAGACAUCACUAACUAACUUCAUAAGUUUCUUGUGCAAGAGUUAAGUUCAUGUGAAAAAUUAAAUACAUCAGUAAGGGAAUUAUUUCUGAAACCUGGUUGUAGCACACCUAGAGGUUUAAAGGAAUCCUCAAAUAACUGAUAAAUUUUGCAGAUUAUGAAUACUAUGGUAUAAAUGAGAUGCAAACUUGAACUAAAAUUCUUUUAAUUCAUACAGUGGUUGAAUUAUUAUAUUUUUUUUAAACUAAUAUUUUAAAACAUAAAUUUAAAGGUCAUAUUAAAAGGAAUACAUGCUGAAUGAACAAUUUUUUUUUCUUAUAAUAGGUUUACAGUUAUGUAUGUAUUGAAAGAAACAUUUUUCUUUCUUCCCUCACUUGUUCCUUAUCCUCCUAAAGGAGCCGGGAUGAAAUAAAAGGAAGGUCACAGAAGUGUCGAGAAUCUUAACCUGCUAAACACGUUGAGCCUUACUUAAAAACACAAAAAACCUACUUAUACAUCACUUACCUAUUUAUUGUACUGGGUGUCCGUUUCUACUUGUUGGGCUCCAAGCAGUUGUCUUCCAAGCACCGAGCUUGCGCGAUGCCAAAAUGCAUUGUUUUGCCAGUGUGUGUGCAUCACAAUUAAUGGUUUAUUAAUUUUUUUUAUUAAAUGUACAUUAUGCAAAUGAAUCUGUGAUCAUUUGGCUACAUUUUUUUUUUUUAAAGGUUUGUAAAUAUUGUUUUGUCCAUCAUAGACUUUGGAAGAAUUUAGCAAGGAAAUAUUUUAACUCUUCAAUGCCCUUGGCCAGUUCAUCAAUUAAAAAAUACCUUUAUACAUAACUGAAUAAAAUAUUGUAAAUGAUUGUUAGCAUAGUGUUUAAUAGUAGCCAGUAAAUAUUCAUAAGUAGGAAAUGUGUGUUCAUCAAAAUUUGUUUGGGCUCUAAUGUUCUACUUAACUUCAUGGAAACAACACUUCAUUAUCGUUUGUAAUACUACUCUAUUGUGCCAUGGAUCUGUUAGCAGGUAACAUAAUAUUAAUGGUUUCUUUUUAGGGCCUGAAUGUAUAUAUAUAUGUGCUUUACAGAAAUAUUAUAUUUUAAGAUUUUACCUAAAUUGUAUUUGAAUGUGUUUUUGUGUUCUCUGAAAGGGCCAAUUAUUUUGUCCGGCACAUGAUUUGUAAUAAUGUUGCAUCAACAUAUUAUGUUGAAUCUCGUGAGGCAAUAAAGUUCAUUGUUCUU